AAAAAUUAAAAACAUAACCUCAAAGAAACGUAAUGUUAUGAUGCGAUCGUGAAAUUGUGAAUAUAAACAAGAAAUAAAACAAUAUUAUAGGAAUAAGUAAAGUGUAAAACAUUUAUUAUUAUAUAUUAACACUAUAUUAGUCUUAAGUUACCAAAAGCAGAAUGGCAGAAACAUUAAAACUCAACAUACAUUUCGGGGGAGGUGCAGAGUUGCUAUUUGAUAAAAUCAAGAAGAGGGAAGUGGAGUUGCCACCUCUAAAAAAGUUUAAACCGGAUUGCCAGAGUGAUAAAUGGACUAUUAAAGAAUUAUUAUUGUGGAUCAAAGAGAACUUGCUUAGAGAAAGAGAGGAGUUAUUUUUACAGUUACCAAAAGCAGAAUGGCAGAAACAUUAAAACUCAACAUACAUUUCGGGGGAGGUGCAGAGUUGCUAUUUGAUAAAAUCAAGAAGAGGGAAGUGGAGUUGCCACCUCUAAAAAAGUUUAAACCGGAUUGCCAGAGUGAUAAAUGGACUAUUAAAGAAUUAUUAUUGUGGAUCAAAGAGAACUUGCUUAGAGAAAGAGAGGAGUUAUUUUUACAGUUACCAAAAGCAGAAUGGCAGAAACAUUAAAACUCAACAUACAUUUCGGGGGAGGUGCAGAGUUGCUAUUUGAUAAAAUCAAGAAGAGGGAAGUGGAGUUGCCACCUCUAAAAAAGUUUAAACCGGAUUGCCAGAGUGAUAAAUGGACUAUUAAAGAAUUAUUAUUGUGGAUCAAAGAGAACUUGCUUAGAGAAAGAGAGGAGUUAUUUUUACAGGGAGACUCCGUAAGACCUGGUAUCCUAGUGCUGAUAAAUGACACAGACUGGGAGUUAUAUGGAGAACUGGACUACGAGCUGCAACCAGCAGAUACUGUGAUGUUUAUAUCUACGCUGCAUGGAGGGUAGUGGGGGGAUUAACUAAUAUUAUUCUGUUGUUUUAUAAGAGCCUUUAAUAAAAGAUUUA